UCUCAAUAGUAAUUGCAAUAACAACUCAUUCUGUCGAUAAUGUCUUGGUCGUGCUAUUAUUCAGCUCCUUUGCCAGCCUUCUGAUUCACCGCUCGGAACGGCCAUUUAACUUUGCCAUCUGGUUUAUUCGGUAAUAAACUCCGAUUCCGCCGUGCGGAAAUAAGACGAAGCAGAGACGAGCAAUAAGAUUAUCCGCUCAUCAAAGGCCAAUUGGAGAACUUCCAUUUGUCUUCUGUUCUCUUCAUGCUCGCUGUUCUCUCAGCUGUUGUAUAUACAGAUCAGAAUAAUGAACAGCUUCCGGGGUAUACGACGACUCGUCGCGGCGACUUCUUUGCCCUCUUCACGCCGCUUCGCGGGAACAAGUAGCCCGCGUCAGCGAAUACCAAUAUUUGGCCCCGGCAGCAAUACUGAGCCGUCAGCAGCGCCCGAAACACGACUGGGACAGUACGAGAUUGUCGAUAGUUGUCCUGAACCCGAUUUUGAUACCGGAUGUACGUUUUGCCAGCCAGAGUUCCCGCCUGAUCUGCAGGUCAAGAGCGGCGCGCCGCUGGCUGGCACUGCGCCUUCGGUCGGGAGGCAUUUACUUGUUUCUACUGGGCAUAGCGAGUGGCCGAAUAAGACAGAACUGGAUCCGGCUUCAUUAGAAGCAAAGCUCCGCGAUUUGCAGCGUACCGGCGGAAUACGACGCGAUCCGGACUUCAACUACCUCGUCACAAGCACAGAUUUGGCCCCACCAGAAGACAAAGACUCCUGGUCAAUCCACAUGUACCCCGACAACCUCUACUUCCCGCGCGUGCCGUUCGCCAAGGCCGACGCGUUCAUGAAACGAUAUCUUGUCCCCAGUCGCGCGCAGGAAGCUGAGGGGUUUGAAGAAGAAGUCGAGGUUCGCAAGGCUGAGAAUCCGAUCAUUGCAAUCUGUGGACAUACUUCGCGCGAUAUGCGAUGUGGAAUAGUCGGUCCUAUGCUGAAGGCUGAAUUUGAGCAAGUGCUGGGAGCAAAAGGCCUGCUCUACGACAGCACCACCGACAAAGGAGUCAAAGUCGCUAUAGUCUCCCACGUCGGCGGACACGUCUACGCCGGCAACGUGAUCAUUUUUGACGGGCGCGGAAAUUCAAUCUGGUAUGGUCUAGUGCAGCCAAAACACGUGCAGGGUAUCGUGAAGCAGACGAUAGAGCGCAAACAGAUCAUCCGCCCGCUGUAUCGCGGCGGCACCAUACUCGACUAGCUCCUCAGUGCAGUUAAAUGUAUUCUAAAUAGAAUAAUAGAUCCACAUUCAAGAG